AUGAGUCAAAGUCAUCUUUGGAAGGCGCUAUCCGGUGUUUUGUGUGUUUAUAAGCGUUCUGGAGUCUCUUCAUCGGCUCUCAUUAAGCUCUUGACCAGACAGAUUUCUGAGACAGUUGCUGAAAUAGAAUCUACUUCACAAGUAAGACUUCCUCUGAUCUCUCUUCCAAUUGUUGAACCUCACCAUGAAUCUGGAGCACUUGUGGUAGUCGGGCGGAAUGAAAUAGCGGAUUAUAGAUAUCACCCUCUGGUAUCAGGAAGAUCCAUUAGGUCGGAAGACAUUCAGAUUCUAGAUGUACUUCCGUUAGCAGCAAAUAGUUCUGGAGUUUGCCUGUUCGGGUUGAAUGAUGGAUGCGAAAAAGUUCCUGAAAUCAUGGCGAAAUCGUGGACGAAUGCCUAUCGGAUUGAUGGACUACUCAAAAAACCUGUGGACACCUCUGCAGAAAUCGGAAAAAUUACACGACACAGAAUUGAAAAGGUUUUGUCACGGAUGGAAUCAGAGUUUCGUGGAGCUUCAUUUAGACAUGCUAAUGUGGAUUUAGAAAGCUCUGAGGCUUUCGAAUUAGCCCGACGAGGAGUCCCAAGAGCCCAACUUCCUGGUGCUCAAAUAGUUUAUUCAAUCGACUUGAAUUGGUUCCGAUCACCCCGGUUUUCAAUUACUGCGCAAUGCUCUGGAGAAGACGAUGAGAUGUUGAGACAGCUCGUAGAAAACAUUGGAAUAAAUCUUGGAUUGGAAUCAGCGACGAUUCGACUUCAAAGACAGAACUUCGGCCCAUUCAAAAGCGACGAUUCAUUACUCGAAAAACAAAUAAACCUACAGAAUAUCAUCAGAAAUAUUCAAUUGAACCGGAGAAUUAUUGCUUCAUCCGAAUCGAUUGAUAAAAAAGUCGUCACAGAGAGCACCGAAAAUGAAUCUUCGAAUAAGAUUCGCGAAGUUUUCGAUGGAUUCGGACUCAAAGAAUCAACGAAGCUGGAUGAUUACGAUGCGAUGAGACCGGCUUGGCCGAGAAAUUAUUGA